UUUUUUUUUCUUUUUUUUUUCCCCUCUUUUAAAUCGGGAUCCGGUUAGACUGCCUUGAAGUGCCACAUCUGGAAACUGAAUGCUGAAAGAAAGUUAAAAUAACUGAGGCACCACCAAGCCAAGGGGGGCUGAUUGCAGAAGAGGGUAAACAAUUACUGAGACGCUAGAAGACCACUGCUGGAUGUAAGGGGAGGAAAUGGCUUUGAUCUCCGCCUGGCCCCUCGUUUCUCCUGUAUUAUUCUUUUUGAGAUGCUUCUCCUCCAGCACAGCCUCGAGUGAGGGAAGCGUUUUUCAGUUUGACAUUGAAGGUAGCUCAGCGGUCAGCACGCAAGAAGCCACUGUUAUCAGAGGGCAGCAGCAGGCAGUAGCUACUGGAAGUUGGGUGCCUUUUGCUGAGGGAUGCCAAGAAGGAUUUUAUCGUACCAGCUCAGGAAAAUGCUCCCCUUGCAACUGUAAUGGUAAUGCAAACAGAUGCCUUGAUGGAUCUGGAAUCUGUGUGGACUGCCAGAGAAACACCACAGGACAGCACUGCGAGCAGUGUCCGGAUGGCUUCAUCGGUGACGCUGUCAGCGGAGUGCCCACGUUCUGCCAGCCCUGCCCCUGCCCCCUGCCAGCACUUGCCAACUUUGCAGUCUCCUGUUACAGAAAAAGUGGAAGUGUGCGUUGUGUCUGCAAGGAAAGCUAUGCAGGACCCAACUGUGAAAGGUGCGCCCCUGGUUACUAUGGGAACCCUCUGCUAAUUGGAAGCACCUGCAAAAAGUGUGACUGCAAUGGCAACUCGGACCCGAAUCUGAUUUUUGAAGACUGUGACGAAGUGACCGGCCAGUGCCGCAACUGCCUGCACCACACCAGCGGCUUCAAGUGCGAACGGUGCGCGCCGGGCUACUUUGGGGACGCCAGAUUCGCCAAGAACUGCACAGCAUGUAACUGUGGAGGGAGAAUGUGUGACAGCCAGACUGGAGAAUGCCUCGCAGAUAGUCCUGAAGUUUCUACUGACACAGACUGCCCGACCAUCAGCUGCGAUAAAUGUAUUUGGGAUUUGACAGAUGACAUCCGAUUGUCAGUUCUGACUAUCGAUGAAAGCAAAUCCACUUUACUGAGCAUUUCCACAGGUGCUGCAGCUCAAAGGCGCUUGAAUGACCUGAACCUCACUACCACUCAUCUACAGGAGGCAAUGUCCAAAAAAAAGAAUCAUGCUGUGCUUUGGACCAUCCAGGUUGAUGAUGCUGGAGAUGAGAUGAAUGAUCUCCUCAGAGAAGUGGAAACUCUCGAUGAACAGGGAACUGAAGCAUCCAGCAAAGGCCGACUGGUACAGAAGGAAACCAUGGAGAUCAACAACCGUGCUUCUCAGCUUGUGCAGCAGCUGAAUAAUAUCAGAGAUAACAUUGAAGAAAUCAGCAGCAAGUCAAAAUACUAUGCAAUUCAACAAGAGUUGAGCCCUGAAGAAAUUGCCCACAAGCGGAGUGUGGCAGAGGAGAUGCUGGAGGAGAUCAAACGUCGUAAGCCUUUCACUAAUCAGAGGCAACUCGCAGAUGAGGAGGAAAAAGCAGCAGAGGAGUUGCUGGAGCAAAUGGAAGCAUUUCACGAGAAGUACAAUGACACCAGGUCCCUGGUAGUGGAUGUGCUGGAGCAGCUCAGCGAGCAGGAUGUGAAGCUGUCAGACCUGGAGGAGGCGAUAGGCGAGGCGCUGGACUAUGUCACACGAACAGAGGAUACAAACAGGGAGAACACAGCCAGGCUCCAAAGGCAGGAGGAACAAUAUGAGAAGAUAAAAGAGCAAAUGGAUGAAGUGAACAGCACUCUGCUAAGUGCCACAACUAUUUUGGAAGGACCACAAAAGGUCAACUCUGAGCUAAGUGAAGUAAUAAAGAACGCAUCAGGGUUCUACGCAGAAAUAGAUGGAGCAAAAAAGGAGUUGCAAGAAAAACUAGCCAACCUGUCCCUGUUUGAUGAUGAUUUGGUAGAAAAGGCUAUGGAUCAUGCACUCAACCUGAGAAGACUUGCUGAUGAGCUGGAAGGGAAUUUGUAUGGUGUUGAUUCAAAUGGUUUGGUACAAAGGGCAAUCAAUGCUUCAAAUGUGUACGAAAACAUUGCUGGUUAUAUCGAAGAAGCUGAUAAAGCUGCAUUGCUGGCACUGAACACAACAAACCGGGUCAAGGAUGCUGCAGUUGGAAUUGAUACUCAGGUCAUUUACCAUAAAGGUAAAAGUGAAGAACUUCUCAUCCGAGCCAUGCAGCUACAACGGACAGCACAUGACAGCAGCAGUUACAGCGUUGCAGACACCAGCUGGCAGGUCAAUGGCACUUUUGCCAGAAUGAGCGCCCUGCGGAGCCAGCUGAUGAGAGCCAUCGCAAAAAUGCAAUCAGCAGAGACAGAGGAGGCCAGAGAGCGUCUGGAGCAAGCUCAGCUGCAGACUGCCGAGGCUGUGAGUGCUACCACAACAGUAACACAGGCUACCACCCCCAUGGAUGAGAACGUGAGGCUGUGGUCCCAAAACCUGCAAGACUUCCAGCACAAUUCAGAGGCGUACGACACUGCUGUGCAUUCAGCUGGGGAUGCAGUGAAGAAACUUUCAGAAGUUUUCCCUCAACUCCUGGACAAACUGCGCAGAGUAGAACAGAAGGCACCAGCAAACAACAUUUCUUCCAGCAUUCAGCGGAUCAGAGAGUUAAUUGCUCAAACCAGGAGUGUAGCAAGCAAGGUCCAAGUUUCCAUGAUGUUUGAAGGCCAAUCAGCUGUUGAAGUCAAUCCAAAGAUCAACGUGGAAGAACUGAAAUCUUUCACUUCCAUGAGCUUGUACAUAAAGCUUCACAAAGACAACCCACAACUGGCAGCCUCUCUAGACAGAUUCAUUUUGUACCUCGGAAACAGAAAUGCAAAACAUUACAUUGGUCUUGCAAUUAAAAAUGAUAACCUUGUGUACAUUUAUAAUCUGGGGGACCAAGACGUGGAGAUACCCCUGGAUGCCAAGCCAGUUAGCACCUGGCCUUCCUACUUCAGCAUCAUCAAAAUUGAGAGGAUUGGAAGACACGGCAAAAUGUUUUUAACUGUGCCCAGUCUUAGCAGCACAGCUGAAGAAAAAUUCAUCAAAAAGGGAGAGGUUCUUGGUCCCGGCACCCUUCUUAAUUUGGAACCUGAAAAUGCUGUUUUCUAUGUUGGUGGAGUGCCUCCAGGCUUCAAGCUCCCUCCCAGCCUAAACCUCCCUGGCUUCAUCGGCUGCCUGGAGCUGGCUACGCUGAACGAUGAUGUGAUCAGCCUGUACAACUUCAAGCGCGUCUAUAACAUCGACACCACCACAUCGCCACCUUGUGCCAGAGAUAAGUUGGCUUUCACUCAGAGCCGGGCUGUGAGCUAUUUCUUUGAUGGCUCUGGCUAUGCCUUGGCCAGAAACAUUGAGAGAAGGGGAAAAUUCAGCCAGGUGACUCGAUUUGAUAUCGAAGUUCGAACGCCUACAGACAGUGGAUUGAUCCUGCUGAUGAUUAAUGGGAGCAUGUUCUUCAGCCUGGAGAUGCACAAUGGUUUCUUGUACCUCCGCUACGACUUUGGCUUCAGCAGCGGCCCCGUGCUCCUCGAGGACUCCACUAAGAAGGCUAGGAUUAACGAUGCCAAAUUUCAUGAGAUUUCUAUUAUAUAUCACAAUUCUAAGAAGAUGAUCUUGGUAGUAGACAGAAGACAUAUAAAAAGUGUGGACAAUGAAAGAACAGCAAUGCCAUUCACAGAUAUUUACAUUGGAGGAGCACCUGCUGAGAUCUUGCACUCCAGCAGCAUUAGCUCACAUCUGGCAGGAAGCAUCGGCUUUAAAGGCUGCAUGAAGGGUUUCCAGUUCCAAAAGAAGGAUUUCAACUUGUUGGAAGAACCAGGAACCCUGGGAAUCAGCUAUGGAUGCCCAGAGGAUUCACUGAUGUCCCGCAAUGCAUAUUUCAAUGGCGAGAGCUUUAUUGCAUCAAGCCAAAAGGUGUCCCUCUUUAAUGAGUUCGAAGGAGGCUUUAAUUUCCGGACACUGCAGCCCAGUGGGCUUUUGUUUUACUAUUCUGAAGGAUCAGAUGUAUUAUCCAUCUCUAUGGAGAGAGGCGCUGUGGUUUUAAAUGCAAGUGGAACCAAAAUUCAGUCAUCAGACCGAAAUUACAAUGAUGGAAAAACACAUUUCAUCAUUGCUUCUGUCACCCCAGAAAGGUACGAGCUGACUGUUGAUGACAAGAAACAGAGCAAGAAGAACCCAGCAAAGGACAGAGCAGGGAAAAGCCCAGACAGCAUCAAUAAGUUUUAUUUUGGUGGCUCUCCGCUCAGAACACAGCAAGCCAACUUCACUGGCUGCAUAAGCAACGCCUACUUCACUAGGUUGGAUCAAGAGGUUGAAGUGGAAGAUUUCCAGAAGUACUCUGAGAAAGUUCAGGCAUCUUUGUAUGGAUGCCCUGUUGAAGCUCCUCCAGUUGCUCUUCUCCAUAAGAAAGGAAAAAACUCAUCAAAAGCCAAAGGAAGUCGUAAUAAAAAGGUGGGAAGAGAUAAAGACAAGAUUUCACAGCCUUCAUCUGGCCUCAAAAAACUGUAUCAAGUGAACUUGCAAAGAGAGCCUCAGUGCCACUUGCCCGUGAAUCCCAAGGCAACUGAACACGCCUACCAAUUUGGAGGAACAGCAAACAGCCGGCAAGAAUUUGAUCACUUACCAAAGGAUUUCAGUCAAAGAGCUCAGUUCUCUAUCAGUCUGAAAACUCACUCAUCCCAUGGAAUGAUUUUCUACAUUUCGGAUCAAAAAGAGACCAACUUCAUGGCCCUUUUCGUUGCUCAUGGCCGACUCAUUUUUAUGUUUAAUGCUGGUCACCAGAAGAUAAGGAUUAAGAGCCAAGAGAAAUACAAUGAUGGUCUGUGGCACAAUGUGAUAUUUAUUAGAGACAAGAAUAUUGGGCGCUUGAUAAUUGAUGGUCUCCGAGUACUAGAAGAACCUUUUGAUGGGAAUGCGAACACUUGGCAAGUCACUGAACCACUCUACAUUGGAGGUGUAGCUCCUGGGAAGGCUGUGAAAAACAUCCAGAUUAACUCUGUCUACAGCUUUAGUGGUUGUCUCAGCAACUUACAGCUCAAUGGAAGAUCCCUUACUUCGGCUUCGCAGACAUUUAGUGUAACACCUUGCUUUGAAGGCCCAUCAGAAGCAGGAACAUACUUUUCAUCAGAAGGAGGAUAUGUCGUCCUUGAUGAAUCCUUCAGUUUAGGCCUGAAAUUUGAGGUUGUUUUUGAAAUACGUCCCCGAAGCAGCUCAGGAAUCCUGCUGCAUGGCCACAGCGUGAAUGGAGAGUACCUGAAUAUGCACAUGAGAAAUGGACAGGUUACUGUGAAACUGAAUAAUGGAAUCAGGGAUUUUUCAACUUCAGUGACACUGAAACAGAGUCUCUGCGAUGGCAGGUGGCAUCGAAUUGCAGUUAUUAGAGAUGCAAAUGUCGUGCAACUGGAUGUAGACUCUGAAGUCAACCAUGUGGUGGGGCCGCUGAAUCCAAAGGCGAUUGACCACAGGGAGCCAGUGUUCAUUGGAGGUGUACCAGAGUCUCUGCUAACAUCAAGCCUGACUACACGCAAUUCCUUCAUUGGCUGCAUUCGUAACUUCAUGAUUGAUGAAAAGCCAGUGAGUUUUAGUAAAGCAGCUUUGGUUAGUGGCGCCGUAAGCAUUAAUAGCUGUCCAGCAGCCUGAUAGUGCACUGCAUCAAUUCUGCAAAGUUCCUUAGACCACAGAAAGAAAAACAGAACAAAAGAAACCGUGUCCAGCAAGACAAGAAGAAUGAAAAUAUGACAGCUACAUCUACAGAAAGCAGGAAGGGGGGGGGAGGUCACUUCUAAUAUUUACACGCAAACAAAAAUCACUGAAGAAUAAAAGCUGUUGCUUCUGCACUUCUCUUAAUAUACCACAAGAGUGAGCUUUACCAUUUCUUAUAGUGUACGUGUGGCCAGUCUGUUACAUGAAAAUAUG